AUGGAUCAAAGACCUACAUUCCAGGUCCUCCUCGAGGUGAUCACCAACGUGCAGCUCGCCAUCUUUGAGAACAUGCUGGGUGUGUCACUCUUCCUGUUCGUUGUCCUCUACCACUACAUGGCCAUCAACAUCCCCAAGAAGCCGGAGUGA